AUGGGAGUUUUGAAAAAAAGGCAGACAGAUGUUUGUAAAUGGAGGUUUCUAUCCUCAGACUCCACCAAACUACCUCACAAAAAUAAGGUUUCGAAAUCAGUAAUUGACCUGCUCGAUCGUGAACACAAAGGACAAUUAUUAGACUUCUUGAAGCUAGCAAAACAUCAGAAUGAUGCUGAAAUACUUAGAAAGAAAACUGAAAGAAAAUCAGUUAGUCAAUCACACAAAAGUCCAAGUAAAUCUCCUGACAGCAGUUUGAACACCCCGGUGAAUGCAUUAAAACAAAAACUGGAGGUUUCAGAUUCCAUUGAACCAGAAAUGUUUACAGAGAAUCCAUCUUUAAGAGAAGAAACUUAUGCUUUUUGUGAAUUUAUUGCAAAUUUGGAUGGUUUACCAGAUUAUAAUCCUGAGGCAACAACAUUAGCUAGUCUUUUUGCUGGAACACAUGAAACCCAACCACCAGUAUCAACACCAAUUAAUGUUGUUGACUUAAUAAAUCUACCACCAGAUUUAAAAAAAUCUGUUGAAGAACCUCCAAAAUUACUGAGUGAUAAACAUUCUUUAAUCGAUUCAAAAUGUAUACCACGGAUAACAAAAACUACAGCAGCUAAACGUCAAGAAAAACAUUUCGAAAGAUUACACUAUGGUGCUUGGUACAUUCCACCUAAACAAUGGAAAGUUAUCAGAUAUGAUCAAAUAAACGCGAAAAGUAUCAAUGAACAUGAUAAUGCCAAGAUUAAAUCUCAGAAACAAAUGAUGAAAGACUUAAAUCAAAAAAUGAGAGAAACACAUGGAUACAAUGCUUUUAUGGAAUUCAUACAAAAUAAAAGUGAACGUAUGCCUGAGUUUAUGAAAAUUCAGUGAACUAUCUGGAAGACUUGGUUAUGCACCAACUGGGAAUUUAUUUAAUAGUGAUGACUACAUUUUCUUCUUUAGCAUUUUAUGAAUUCCUACUUCUAAUCUAAUCUAUCCUUGUCCUCAAUGUUAAGAAUCUUGAUUGAUGUUCUG